AUGGAAGAAAAUAAGGUCGAAGAAAUAAUUCUAAAAGAGAAAAACAGUGUGCUUUGUAAAAAAUAUAAUAGUAGUGGUUCAUUUUACCUUGGUGGCGAACCGGUUGGUAGUGAGGACAUUCCUAAGAGUCUUAGAACCAAAAUAAAUGGAGUAGAUAUUGGUGGCUUACAUGAAGUUGGAAAAAACUGUUAUAUUUUGGAAAAAAAUGAAGAUAUAAUUAUUGUUGAUUGUGGAAUUAAAUUCCUUAAUGGCAGUAAUUUGGCAGAUGGCACGGUUCCUAAUUUUUCCUAUCUCUUAGCCAACCGAGAAAAAAUUAAAGGUUUAUUUAUUACUCACGGUCACGAGGAUCACAUUGGUGGCAUUCCUUAUUUAUUAAAGUUAAUUCCAAACAUUCCGGUUUAUGGUUCAGAAUUUUCCGCUUCUUUAGUUAAAAAUAAGUUGCGAGGGGAAGAAUUAAAAAAAAAAGUGGAACUUUUUCAUGAGGAUAAGCCAAUUCGAGUGGGUGAAUUUCGAGUCAAUUUUUUCCGAGUAACCCAUUCCAUUCCUGGUUCUUUUGGUUUAGUAGUGGAGGUAAUUAAAGAUAACUUUCGGAUAGUUAUUACUGGCGAUUUCAACGACUCAACUAAUGCCGAAGUAGAGGGAAAUACUCCUUCUGAAUCAAAAAUAGUUAGGAGGCUCGAAAAUAUCAUUGCCGAGGCCACCGGAAGAGUAAUUAUUACUUCUUUUGCUUCUAAUGUUUACCGGCUCAAAAAAGUGAUUGAAAUUGCGAAAAGAACUGACAAGAAAAUUGUGCUACUCGGGAAAGACAUCGCUAAAACUCCUAAUAAUAAAUUAAUUAUCUUUUGCACUGGUUCUCAAGGCGAAGAAAGGGCGGUGCUUAGUCGUUUAGCUCACCAAAUUUAUGAGGUAGAAAAAGUUAGUAACAAAUUAUUUGCUUUAGGAGCCAAAGUAUAUGAAAAUAGCAAAGAAGAUCUAUUGCAUGCUUCCGGACAUGCCUGCCAAGAAGAUUUAAAAUUAAUGCUUACCAUGGUUAAACCUCGUUAUUUUAUGCCCUUUCAUGGUGAUUUUAGAAUGCUGAAAAAGCAUGGACAUUUGGCUCAGGAACUAGGCAUACCAGCGAAAAAUAUUUUUGUUUGUAGUAAUGGGGAAGUGGUGGAAGCCAAGGGCAAAGAGUUUUUUUUAAGCAAAAAAACUUUUCCCGCCCAGCCAAAUUAUGUGCUUAACGGUCGGUUACUUCCGAUGGAAGAAUUAAGUAACAAUCUAACUUUACGGGAAAAAAUGUCCCAAGGAGGUUUUUUGCUAGUGAUUUCUGGACUAAUAAUGAACAAAAACCAUCAACAAAAAGAACCAAAUUGGGGUGAGGAAGUUAGAAAUUAUAUGGAAGAAGAGUUAUUGAAAAAUUGA